AUGCGACGCACAGCGCUUUGCCUGAGCUCUCUGGCCGUGGCCAGCGGAAAGGUCUACUUCUCCGAGACUUUCGGCGACGGCUGGGAGAGCCGAUGGACGCCCAGCGAGUGGAAGAAGAGCGACGGCACCCAGGGCACCUGGAAACUCUCUGCAGGAAAGUGGUUCGCCAACGAGGCUGAGGACAAGGGUGUGCAGACCGCGGAGGACUCCCGGUUCUUCGGCCUCUCCGCCGGCUUCGACUCCUUCAGCAACGCCGGCAAGGAGCUGAUCAUCCAGUACCAGGCGAAGUACGAGAAGGACAUCGAGUGCGGUGGUGGCUACGUCAAGGUCGGGCCAAAGCUCAGCGACCCCAAGACCUUCGGCGACCCCACUCCGUACAACAUCAUGUUCGGCCCGGACAAGUGCGGCUACACGAAGCGCACGCACCUGAUCUUCAGCUACAAGGGCAAGAACGUGCUGAAGAAGUCGGACCUGGCUUACAAGCAGGAGGGCGAGGGCACGUCGCACGUGUACAGGCUGAUCUUGAAGCCCGACAACACCGCGAAGGUGGAGAUCGACGGCGAGAACAUCUACGAGGGCUCCUUGAAGGAGGACUGGGAGCUCUUGGCGCCCAAGGAGAUCAAGGACCCCGAUGACAAGAAGCCUAGCGACUGGGUUGAUGACAGCAUGAUGGACGACCCGGAGGACAAGAAGCCGGACGGCUGGGUGGAGGAGAAGAAGAUCGUGGAUGCCAAGGCCACCAAGCCUGACGACUGGGAUGACGAGGAGGACGGCGAGUGGGAGGCACCCGUGAUCGACAACCCCGAGUACAAGGGCGAGUGGACCGUGAAGCGAAUCUCCAACCCUGCCUACAAGGGCUUCUGGGAGGCCAAGAAGAUCGCCAACCCUGAGUACGUCGAUGACGACAGCCUGUACAAGUACGAUGACUUCGGCUUCAUCGGCUUCGACUUGUGGCAGGUCAAGGGCAACACCAUCUUCGACAACGUCAUCAUCACCGACGAUGUCAAGGAAGCAGAUGCUUUCGUAGAGAAGUGGAAGGCCCUGAGCGAGGUUGAGAAGGCCAAGAAGAAGGAGGAGGAUGACAAGAAAGCCGAGGAGCAGAUGGACCCCCAGCGAGUGGAAGAAGAGCGAUGGUACCCAGGGUACCUGGAAGCUCUCCGCGGGCAAGUGGUAGACACCGUGCUGGAACUGAAGACGUUGGCCAACUCUGCUGAACCUGAGUCCCCAGUGUCCCAAUCUGCGCCUUGUCUUGUAGACAAGUCUGGAGUCCCUGGAAUGCCCGUCGGGGCCAGCAUUGGGAGGCGCUGGCGGCUGAACAGAAGUGAAGCGCAGAAAACACUCAACCGUGACGAAGAACUCUCGAUCGCACUGGCUUCGAGAGACCGUGAGCUGUACCUGGGUGUCUUGUCGUGUAGCUGGAAAGUCGAAGAGAGGUUCGGCAAUGAGGCGGAGGACAAGGGUGUGCAGACCGCGGAGGACUCCCGAUUCUUCGGCCUCUCCGCCGGCUUCGACUCCUUCAGCAACGCCGGCAAGGAGCUGAUCAUCCAGUACCAGGCGAAGUACGAGAAGGACAUCGAGUGCGGUGGCGGCUACGUCAAGGUCGGGCCAAAGCUCAGCGACCCCAAGACUUUCGGCGACCCCACUCCGUACAACAUCAUGUUCGGCCCGGACAAGUGCGGCUACACAAAGCGAACGCACCUGAUCUUCAGCUACAAGGGCAAGAACGUGCUGAAGAAGUCGGACCUGGCUUACAAGCAGGAGGGCGAGGGCACGUCGCAUGUGUACAGGCUGAUCUUGAAGCCCGACAACACCGCGAAGGUGGAGAUCGACGGCGAGAAGAUCUACGAGGGCUCCUUGAAGGAGGACUGGGAGCUCUUGGCGCCCAAGGAGAUCAAGGAUCCCGAUGACAAGAAGCCCAGCGACUGGGUUGAUGACAGCAUGAUGGACGACCCGGAGGACAAGAAGCCGGACGGCUGGGUGGAGGAGAAAAAGAUCGUGGAUGCCAAGGCCACCAAGCCUGACGACUGGGAUGACGAGGAGGACGGCGAGUGGGAGGCACCCGUGAUCGACAACCCCGAGUACAAGGGCGAGUGGACCGUGAAGCGAAUCUCCAACCCUGCCUACAAGGGCUUCUGGGAGGCCAAGAAGAUCGCCAACCCUGAGUACGUCGAUGACGACAGCCUGUACAAGUACGAUGACUUCGGCUUCAUCGGCUUCGACUUGUGGCAGGUCAAGGGCAACACCAUCUUCGACAACGUCAUCAUCACCGAUGAUGUGAAGGAGGCGGAUGCUUUCGUCGAGAAGUGGAAGGCUCUCAGUGAGGUCGAGAAGGCCAAGAAGAAGGAGGAGGACGACAAGAAAGCCGAGGAGGCGAAGGCAGCUACGGCCUCGAAAGACGAUGACGAUGACGACGAUGACAAAGAUGAUGAGGAGGAGUGA